UGAUACGUUGUUAUACAGUGCGGUAUUGUGCGCGGUCCUAUUCUAAAACACAAACCGAUAAAUACAAAUUUUAAUUCUGAUACAAUAAUUGUAAACAGACGGCAAAAAUAUUAAACUAAAGUUUCUAAAUUGCUAAUUUAAAUUGUAAAAUACCACCAUAAGAAGCAUUAAUCUACAUAAAAUUUGUAAUAGAAAAAAUAUUCUUAAAUAAAAGAAAAUUUAUAAAACAAAAAAAAUAUUAUGAGAAUUAUACAUUAACAAAGUGUCAUAUUAGUUACAAAGAAAUUUGCAAGUGUUUAGAGAGCAGAAAUAUUUUAUAACAUAAAAAUAUUUAAAGUGUUUUUAAACAAUUGAGUAAAACAAAAAAUAUUAAAUAAUAAAAAAUUAUAAAAAUAACGCUUUAAAGCGUUCUGAUUAAGUGAAUCCCCGAAGAUAAAUAAACAUUAAAGUAGAAAAAAAUAAUAACACAGAAUAUGGCCACUAACACCGAAAUACUACCCUUCCAUCAUCAAACUAGUUUGUCACUACAAACAGCCGCAGCUCUGACCAACUACCAUGGUGGCGGUGGUGGUGGAGGCAGUAGUAUUCAUACAGCCACACAGUUGGCUGCAGCAGCUUGGAGCAUGGAAGACCAUCUUUAUCAACAGACUGAAUUACCCGGCCUCACACGCAGUGCUCAUCAUCUGCUACGUUUUACCCCCUAUGCACUGCAUCAUCGCCCCCAGCUGCAAACUCUACCACCCGCGUUGUAUCUUCAACAUGCAGCUGCAGCAGCAGCUGCGGCGGCAGCGGCAGCAGCACAUGCGCAACAUCAUCAUCACCAUCAUCAUCUGCAACAAAGACCUGCUUCUCCCGACAGUCCUCCACCCGCAGAGGGCCUACAUAUUACUAAUCUAUUUCCCGAAGUUUUGGAAAUGAUUUUCGAUAAACUGUCGGUCAAGGAUUUGGGACGUGCAGCUCAAGUGUGUACCACCUGGCGUGAUGUGGCCUAUUCCAAGAGCAUUUGGAAGGGUGUCGAAGCGAAACUACACCUGAAACGUUCCAGCCCUAGUCUAUUUAAUUGUCUAGUUAAACGUGGCAUUAAAAAGGUACAGAUCUUGUCAUUGAGAAGGUCUCUGAAGGAUUUAGUUCAUGGAGUACCAGCUCUAACCUCCUUAAAUCUCAGUGGUUGCUUUAAUGUGGCCGAUGUCAAUUUGGGUCAUGCUUUCUCCGUGGAUUUACCCAAUCUCAAAGUACUCGAUCUCUCACUAUGCAAACAAAUUACCGAUACUAGUCUUGGCCGCAUAGCCCAACAUCUUAAAAACCUAGAGACUCUGGAGUUGGGCGGUUGCUGUAAUAUCACCAACACCGGUCUGCUUUUGAUAGCGUGGGGUCUCAAGAAACUGAAAAACCUCAAUUUACGUUCCUGCUGGCAUAUAAGUGAUCAGGGCAUUGGUCAUUUGGCUGGCCUCAACAAAGCCACCGCCGAGGGUAAUCUUGAACUCGAAUAUUUGGGUCUUCAAGAUUGCCAACGUCUAAGCGAUGAAGCUUUGGGUCACAUAGCACAAGGUUUAACGUCACUAAAGUCCAUCAACUUGAGUUUCUGCGUGUCCAUUACCGACAGCGGCUUAAAGCAUCUGGCCCGUAUGCCCAAGCUAGAGCAACUCAAUUUACGUUCCUGCGACAACAUAUCCGACAUAGGCAUGGCCUAUCUGACCGAAGGCGGUAGUGGUAUAACCUCACUCGAUGUCAGUUUCUGCGACAAGAUCAGCGAUCAAGCUUUAACGCAUAUUGCUCAAGGACUCUAUCGCCUGCGUUCGCUCUCUCUCAAUCAAUGCCAAAUCACCGAUCAGGGUAUGCUCAAAAUAGCCAAAGCUUUACCCGAUCUAGAGCAUUUGAAUAUCGGUCAAUGUUCCCGCAUUACCGACAAGGGUCUCCAAACAUUGGCCGAGGAAUUGGCCAACCUUAAGACGAUCGAUUUAUAUGGCUGCACGCAGUUGUCUUCCAAGGGUAUUGAUGUCAUCAUGAAGUUGCCGAAAUUAGUGAAACUUAAUCUCGGCUUAUGGCUCGUAAGAUGAUGUGCUAAAAGGCAAAACCGAAACAAUACACCAAAGCAGAGGCAGGAAGACAAACUACUUCAAGCCAUUGUUAAGGAUAAAUUUCGGCCUAGGAGUGACGAUCGUAAGCAAGAGAUGAAGAACGCCAACAUACAACCAACAAACAAAUCAACAUUAGCACCAGAUGCAGUUGCAGCUUCAUCAUCAUCAUCUUCUUCUUUAGCGCCAACGUACCAUAGGGACAACACUAUAGACGAUGCUUUCCUGCAAGCAGAACAUCUUCAAGACAAGAGUCCAGUGUACUCAACACAAUCCUAGAACUACAGAUGGUGGUCGGUCUGUCGGUCGGUCGGUUGGUCAGUCGCUUUUAAGUUGUGCGUAAAAGUAUUAUCCUUCGCCCAGCAACACACAUACAAUCAACAACAACAAGAACAACAUCAACUACUACUCCCUUAAGAAAGAAGGAAGACUUGCAGUGGAUACAGGAUUUCAUGUGGUAUUUUUUAUAAAAAAUUAACUACAAAAAUUAUGGGCGUAAAUUAUUAUUCUAGCCAAAAAAAAAAUUAUAAAAAAAUUUAUUAAAAAAGUUACAGUCAAAGAAAAAAAAACACACACACAUAGUUGUAAAACUAAUACAUUCACAUAUGAAGAAAAAAAUAUAUGAAAACAACAACAACAAAAUCUUACAAUCCGUAUACGAAACAAUACAAGUUUUUAUUUCGUUGUUCGCUUUUUUCUGUUUUUUUUUUUUUUUUUUUUUGAGGGCAUUAGCAUUUUUGUGUUGCUUACGAAACGUACACUAACACAUACACGUACUUUGAUGCACACAGAUACACACACACGUAUAGAGAGCGCAACUGACUUUCCACAAUCGAGUGAAACAAACCUGACAACUGAAUAAAACCAAAACAACAACAACUCGUACUUGCAUGCGUGCGUGCAACCUUACCUUAUUAUUACAACUUCUACUAUUUGUUGUUGUUGUUGUUAAUAUUGUUGUAAUUUUGCCUUUUUGUUGUUGCUGCUUCGAACGGAAAGCAAACAGACCCUGAAACGAAUGAGUAGAAGCGAAAAAUAAAACAACAACGACAAUAGCAACUGCAACAACAACAACUGCACGAGAAAAAAAGAAAUGUAAUGAAAUAACAACAACUACAAUGUAAGAAAACAGAAAAAAAAUUUUAAAAAAUAAUAAAAAUAACAGUCAUGGCAACAUGUAAAAUGUCAACAUAAAAUCUAUUUCGUUUUUUUUUUUUUGCUUAGACUUUUCUAAAUUUUUCAGAACAAGUGCAGUUUCUGAUUCCUUUUGUAUAUUGCAAAUUGUUUGAUCAAUUUGAACUAAAUUUUCUAUAACAUUUUGAAGUAGUUUAUGAUAUAGUGCAUACAUACAUAUGUAUGUUAGAUUUAGGCGAAUCCUUUCUCUUUCGAAAAGCUGUGUUGGUCCAAAUAUAAGGGACCUCGGCUAAAACAUUUUUCGGUUUGUUUGAUUUCAAAGCAGAAAGGUUAAUCUUUCAAUUUAAAAAAUUUCUUAUUUCCUGGAAACAUGUUUAUGAAGCUUUUGGGUCAGAAAGGAUGAGGCCUUCUGAUAUUCUCCUCAGCAGAAUUAAGACAUGCAUAAUAAUACUUCUUUAUAGUUAAUCUAUAAGGAAGAUUUACAAAAAAAAAAUCGAUACAAAAGUUCAACCAUCGAAUCUUAAAACGUUUAUCAUAAUGUCAACUUUGAGGACUUCUAAUUUUAACCUUUUUAGCUUAAAGAGUUCCAAAUUUGAAACCCAAACAUUUUCCUCUAGUCAUGACUUGUUUUUUUUAAUCGAACAGACUAACAAUUCAGAAAUUACAGAAGGUAUUAGUAUAACAAAUAUUCGAUCUUUUCAGAUUUUUUCUAAACAAAAAGUCUUUAUAUAUAUGUAUGUAUAUGUAAACUAGAUGCUCAGAUUUACGCACACAACUAUACAAAAUCGGGCGAACGGACUCAGGCGAAUAUAGGGCUGCUAUUGAUAGGCAUUCGACGAAAUGAAGAUCUAAAUAUCUUGGGAGAGAUUUGAUUCCAGUUAUUAUAUUCCUCACGAACACUGAUUGGAAAAUUCUAAGGAUCCAUGUUUAGGAAACUGAGUUUCUGAAGAUAAGACUAUAUUUUCUUUGAAAGAUCGCUAUAUAAGGUUUUUCUAGUAAUAGUUUUUAAUGAAAAGGAGCUUAUAAUAGUAUUUUUUUAAGCUGAUAUAUAUUCUGAUAUCUUAUCGAUCGAUUUUGUUCUAAAAAUUACUUUAUGAAAUACUGAAGAGUCUGAUCCAUAAUUGAUCUAAUUUUUCUGGAGGACUUUCUUUUGAAAAUCAUCUAAUGUUUAUAAAUCUUGUAUUAAUAUUGGUAUUGUGAUAAAUUUCGAUAAAAAUAUGUUUUGUGAAACAUUCAUGAUCCAGAUUUCACAUGAGACCUGCUUCCGAAAUUUAAUUUAAGACUCAAAAAUCUCUUUUAAAUAUUGAUAUACAUUACAAUCUCGAUAAGGUAGUUGGAUGAGGAUGUUAGUUAGUUUGAAAGAGGAUGUAUAUGUAUACAUCUAGCGGGACUGUUAUGAGCUCCUUUACCAGUGCCUCAGGUGGGAAUUGAACCCACGAACUUCGGUUGAGCAGACCAGAACACUUACCUACAGGAGGCCACAAUGGUUUGACAAUUUGACAGCUAUAUUAUAAAUAGUUAACUUUAAAAAAAUCUGAAUAAUUGUCUCAAGCUUUUAUGAUUUUUAUGGAUGACCGAUCCAAAAUCGUAUGGAACAUUUGUGGCGAUCCCCAUUACCAAUAGAAAAAUUUGCUAAAAAUGUUUUUAAUUUUUACUUAAAAAAACUUAAAUAUUUAAUUUAUUUUGGGAACAUUUAAGUUCCUUCCAUAACCUGUUACUAUCUCAAAUAGAACUUCCUUUUAGCAUUUGUGUCCACCAUGAGUAUAAAAUGUUGCAAAGCAGGGAAUUCGUAACAAAGACCAGGUUUAGGAAGGGGAAACAUCAAACAAAAUAAAGACAAAGACACACAUACAACCACAUUCAUAAGUAAAAUCUUUUAUGUAACCUGCAGUACGGGGUAACACUCCGUAUCGCUCCUAAUUAUACAUACAUAUGUGUGAGCCCUAGAAGGAUGUCAAUUACCGAUGUUCAGUUCAGUCUGCUUUCUAAAAUACGAGUUUAGAGUUUUAAGUAACUCCUCUCUAGAUUACUUGGAGACAUUAAAGUAAUUUCUUUCUAUAGUUGAAACAAAAAGUCGAUUCUUCGAAAGUCGGUAUAGAGUAUAGAACCCUACUUCGUAUCUCCAAAACAAAGAAAGAAAGUGCCAAGAAUUGAAAUCUUUAAAGAAAAUAUUGCCCGAUAGGGGAAUACAUUGAUUUCUUAAAAAACUGCUGGGAUGAUUUUAUAAAGAUACGAGUAUAAAUUUUUGUUGUUUUAAAUUAAACAGAAAACUUCAUAGCUUUCGUUUGCUAUAACAAAAAAAAACAGCAACACACAUCGUGCUUAAAAAGUAAAACUAAAUAUAAAAAACAGCAAGCAAUAACAAAGAAUAUAAGUAAAAAGCAAAACAGAAAACAGUUACUGGGAAACAUGCGAAGAACACAAGACGAGAAACACAACAGAAAAAAAAAUAUAUAUAUAAAAAAAAGAUACACAUACUAAGAUAUAGAUAUGAACAUACAUAGAUAUAAACAACAUACAUACAUACAUACAUAUGUAUGUUUGUAUAGCUAAAAGCUGAAAUGCAAGCAACUCGUAAGACAUACAGCCAUUUAGUCACAUUGGCUUACUGUCAGUUAGACAGAAAAAUGUUAUAGACAGACAGACGGACAGACAGACAGUGUAAGCCAGAAGACCAGACCAGAGUUUGUAUGUAUGUAUUUGACUAUAGAAAAUACUAUAAGCAAUACCCGACCGAGGAUUGUAAGCGACUGUAAAGUAUUUUUUUUUUCAUCCAAUAUUUGUAUAUAUAUUUUUUUUAUUUUUACUUUUCGCUGGAGAACUGGUACUCAUUAUAAGUUACUGAGACACUCACAGAUACCCCACUCAAAUGUAUACAGUGUGUCAUUAAAGUUGAGAGACAUGUUAAAUUAAGAAUUUGGAGAACAACUAUGUUCAGGUUUUUGCAUAAGGCGGGUGAUCCGCUUCGCCUAAGAACAUAGCUUAAAUAUCAAACGGAAAUAUUACUCAAUUUACUCUAAAGAUUUUUGAUAACCCUAUUCGUAAUUUUUAAUAUCAUACAGUAAAGUACGGCGAAAACUAGACUUUCUCAGAACUUGUUCCAAGCCUACUAGCUUCCACAGAACUAACGAUCUAUAAUCGUUUACACAUUUUGCAAUGUUAUUCUAAAAUAUAUCUGAAGGAAUCAAUUCUGUAAAAGGUACAUUGUUUUAUAAACUACACCGAGUUCUGGAUUCUUCAGUCUACAAAGUAUUUUGGAAAUUGUUGUAAAUUAAAUUUAAAUACUUACAUUUUAUAAUAUCUUUAAUGGUUCCACUGAUUUACUAUAUAGUUUUAAGCUUUCUUAUGCUAUAUAAUGUCGGUAUUAACUUUCAAAAUCAUGUACGAUACGAUCCUUUACUUGAUGGAAAUUAAAAAGCCUAUAUUAGAGAGAGAAUAUAUAGUACUUCUUGCCAGUAGACAGAUAGUACGCUCAAUCUGCCCAAUUUUCAGUCUAGAGUUCUGAAACUAUUUCUAGCCCAUAGGUCUACGUUUUAAAUGUAUAAGAAAAUAUUUUCCUGAACGAUUUCUUUCAGUUAGAGGGAUUUAGUCAAGACACUUUGUUAAACAUUUUUCCAGUUGGACAACAACGUUUUCGAUCCACUUAGAGCAUAGUCUAUGCCUAUAGCAAGACCCAUAGAUACAUUUGUCGAUCCACGAUCAAUAUUUUGAUGUGUAUAAAACGGAAUAGCAUAAUCGGAUCCAUUUAAAUCAACUUCGGAAGAUUUAGAUUCCAAACUUUUCUCAGACAAAGUAAAAUUUAUUAAGUAAUAUAAUAAAUAAUGUAAUAUAGAGUAUCCUAUUAUUAGGUCCUGAUCUAUUGAAUCAAAAAAAGUACGGAGCACUUGUCUGGAUGGAGGGCACACGAUCUGAGAAACAAGAACUUAGAAUAUGUUGAUACAUUUGUGCACCCACGAACAAUAUAUCUAUGUGUAAUAAAUUGAAUGAUCGUGACAAAUUUUGCAAGAUAUUGAGUCCCAACUUUUCUCCGACAACAUAAAAUUAAUUUAGAAUGUGACAGAAUCUGCAACAGAUCCAUCUAUAAUAUAGAAAUUCAUAUUAUUAGGUCUUGAUCCGAAGUGAGUCAGUUUUUGCAUUUCCAGAUCUCAGAUCUUGAUCUAUUAGAUCAAAUGGAAUGACAUUUAAAUCAACUUUGGAUACAGUUUUGUCAAAUGAUUGGUACAAAUUUUCGAAGAUAAUGUCUAUAUAUAGAGCAUCUUAUAUACUAUACUAUACACUAUAAUAUAUAGCAUUUCCAGAUUUUAUAUCUUGAUCUACACAGAGGGAAAAAGAAAUAUCCACGCCUGAUGCCAAAUUGACACGAAACUGUUUAUAAUUUUUCAAUACCAUCCGUUGUCAAAGUAUAUACAUAAAUACGUACGACAACAAUCCGUUGCCAAUAGUGAGCUUACCACAUUUGUUAACAUAAACGGAUGUGUAUAAAAUAUCGAUUUUGACAACGAAUUGUUGCAAUGUUGACAACAUAGUGUUGUCGUACGUAUGUAUAUGCUUUGACAACGGAUGUUAUUGAAAAAUUAUAAACUCUUUGGUGUCAAUUUGGUACCAGGUGUGUAUAUUUUCUUUUCUAAUACACAGAUUAGAUCAAAUGGCAUGGCAUUUAUAUCAACUUUGGAUACAGUUUUGUCUAAUCAGUGGAACAAAUUUUCGAAGAAAUUGACUCCCAACUUUUCUCCAACACUGUACAAUUUUACAUAAUGCAUGUGUAUAAGUAAGCGAGUGUGUUUGUGUGUAUGUAUAUUAGUGGCAGUUAUGUAGACGUGGUUGAUGUACUUAAUGCAUUGAUGGGGGACGAAGACCAAAAGGCAAUCGAUAAAAAAAAAAUAGAAAACAACAAAUAACAAACAACUGACUGCUUAAACGAACGAGAAUGUCUGUCUAACAAACUGACUGUUUGACUGGGCAAAAAGACAAAAUAACAGACAUUAACGCUGGCUGAGUGAGUAGUGGCCGACAACGACGGCGACGAUAGACUGGUCGUUUUUAAAAUGCCAGUAAGUUGCAUAUAAAAUGCCUGCUUUAAAGCCAGUUUUUGCUUUUUUUUUUCUCAGUUUUUUUUUGUUAAAAUUUUCAUACAAUAUUUUUUUUUAUAAAUUUUGUUUAAUUUAUACUGACUUGUACGGGUAUGUUUCUCCAUCUGUUUAAUUUUAUGCGUGUGUAUAAAGUACAAUAUAAUAUAAGUUUGUCUGUAUGUUGGUUUUCAAAAUUUAAAGCGAAAUAAAAUGUUUUUUUUAAAUUUUAGUAAAAAAAUUGUUUCUUGGAAUUGUAAUUUUAUUUUUUGAAAUUUUACUUUUUGGAAAACUGUUAACCAUUUAUUGUUUCUUUAAAAAAUUUAGUUGUUGAAAAUAUAUUUUAAAUUGAAACUUGAGUUUUUUAAACAAUUAUAAUUACUAAAUCAUUUAUAGUCAAUUUUUAAUUAAAAAAAUGUAACGAGAGAUACUCGCUAAUUCUUAAAAGAGAAUUUUUGUAAAUAUUUAAAAUAAUUAAAACAAAACAAAUUUUCUAUUAUUUAACAAAACCAUUAAAUUAAGUUUAAGUUAAGCACAAAGCAAUAGCAAGAAAUAACCAACAAAAUAAAAAAAUAUUUACUUGCCUUAACAAAAGUUAGUUGCUGCAAAUAAAACUAAAAACCUAUUUAGUUGCCAGUAACUAAACUAUAAUAUGUUUUCUUUGUGUGUGUUUAAUUUUUUAGGUUUUAUAAUUAUUUGUAUAAUGUUUUUAGUUGAUUUUAUUUAAUUAUUAUAAAAUUUAUAUAAAAUACAAAACAACAAAUUGAAAUCCCAAAAAGAAAUCUAAAAAUUCUUUUUUCUAUUGUGAUAUAAAAUUAUUAUUAAACAAAACAACAAACAAAUAUUGUAAACUUAGUUUUAAUUUAGUUUAUAAACUGUGUAUAAUAACAUAAAUAAAUAAAAUUUAAAACUUAAAAAAAAAACCAUCCCUAAAUAAAUUUAAAAAAUAUUCCAGUCCAGCGUACAUAUUCUUUUAGCACUGCACUGUUUGGCCAAAGUGCAGGCCGUAAAAUAGUUUCAAUUCAAUACAUUUUGUUUUCUUAUUUUAGAGACCAUUGUUUUGCCUUAUUUAAAUCGUUAUUCCAAUUGUUUUUAUUUUAAUUUAUUUUAAAUAAAAUUAUUUAUAAAUUUUUGAAAUAUUUUAAGUCAAAUUAAUUAUUCAUAUUGAAUUUAGUUUUCAAUUAAUUUAAUAUUAACAAAAAACAAAAAAGAAAUAUUUUAUUAAUUUUUUCUUGAGAUUUUCAGGUUUUUCAUAUUUAGUUUGUAUAAAUAUUAAAUAAUUAAGUUUGUUAUUUAGCUUAAAUCUUAUAUUGUAUAAGUUUAAUAUUAAAAAUAAAAGAAAACUGAUAAAACUCAAUUUCAACAUAUUGGAGGAAAGAAUGAUGGAAAAAGAGUAAAACAAAAUUAUGUUGUUUUUCAAAAUAAAAACGAAACCAAAUGAACUUUAACAAAAAAAU